AUGUUGUGUGAGCGACUGGAGUGCGCGGCGGAGGGCUGGCCGCUGCCCGCCGUGUCCUGGAGGCGGCUGGACGACCGCUGGUCGGACCGCUACGUGCAGCUGGCCGGCCGGCUGGAGAUCUCCCGGCUGCGGGCCGCCGACGAGGGCGACUACGCGUGCGAUGUGACCAGCUCAGAGGGGUCGCUCACCGCCGCCACUGCCGUGCGCGUCACAGAACCGCCAACGGUGGACACCUCGCCCUCGGACCUGACGGUGCCCGAGGGUUCACCGGCGUCUUUGCGCUGCUCGGGCCGCGGCUGGCCGCCGCCGCGGCUCGAGUGGGUGCUGGACGGCCGGCCGCUGGUGGGAGACGGCCGGCCGCGGCUGGACGGCGACCGGCUCCUGUUCGACGCCGUGACUCGGGAGAACGCCGGCCUGUACCAGUGCUUCGGCCGCAAUGAGGCGGGCCAUGCCAAGACCGCCGUGCUUCUUAAGGUGAUCCCGAAGACGACCGUAUCGCUGGACGUGCUGCCGUCCCGGACAGCCAUGCCUACCUCACCGGCGUCCCCAGCGCCCCGUCACACUGGCAGUCACCGGCGCAGUCACGGCGCCAGAAGGGCAGGCGAGGACGGCCCGAAGCCGCGAAGUCACGCUCCGCCGCCCGACCGACGGCCGUGCGACACGUCCGAGGUUUUUACACGCGCUGGUAUCCCGGCCGGGUAG